CCCGGGGCGUGGCUGGGUGUUCGCUGGCUCCUCCCCGGGUAUAUUAAGGCUGAGUGCGCAGCGCCCAGACCAUUCUCACAGAGACUCGUCACCCAGGCUCCGGUGAGAACAACCCCCUCCCUAGAACCGACACCGAACCUUCCAGAACCACCCUCUACGGACACACAGGACCACCGCCACCAUGGUAAGCUGACCCAGGGAACCAGAACUCCCAUCAUCCAGGCUGUGUGCUGGCUGGGAGUGCUGGGAGUUAAAAUGCACUGCAAGACCCCCAGUCUGGUGGGUGGCUCUCUCUCCCCCAAUCCCCCCACAUGCAUCCUCUAACUGGGGAAACCCCCAGCAUGCCAGUAGCUUGGCGCCUAAUCCCCAUUCAGCAUGCUGCUGGCUGGCUGGGAGUACUGGGAGUUAGAGUGCACUGCAAUCACACAAACAAGGUGAGCUGACACCCCCUGCCCCUCUCCCACCCAUGGCAUGCCAGCUGCCAGCCACUGAGUCUCCAUUAUCUAGGCUGGCUGUGAGUGCUGGGAGUGGCAGUGCACUGCGGUUGGGUCCCAGUGGUCCUGGCUGGGAGAUGCUGAGCCAGGUAAUUGCCCCCCCCCCCCGUACCUACCUCCCCUUGAGGUGCUCAGCCUGCCCUCCCCUCCCCCUCCCGCCUUGUGACCUGGCAGGAAUGUGGCAGCUGGUGCUGGGUUGGGACAUUUUUUGGGGGACGUGUGCAAAGUGGGAGGGGGCUGGGUGCAUGUGGCCUAACUGCCUCUGGGGCAGCAUGGUGUGUACAUGGGUCACCCCUGGGGGCUGUGUGAAUGGCACAGGAGUAAGGUUACUGCAUGAGAUAUUAUUUCUGUGAUUCUAGAAGGAUUAACAAUGUAAUUCCCAUGAAAUAACACUGCAGUGGUUAAUUAUUAUUUAAUGAUAUUGGAUUGUUGUGUAUUUUCCCUGGGUACACAUUGUUUCUGUCCACACAGCAUUGCCAUGCAGUGUUUCCUAAUAAUGAAUUUAAUAAUCAUAUUGAAUUGCAACACAAACCCUCCUCACUAGCAGAACCUGCAACAAAAUGGUGCAAUAUAUUACAGCACUCACUGCGGUAAACGUAGUCUUCAUUCUACAGAGCGUGUGUGUGUGUAAAGCAAUAACUAACCACGUCCUUUGCUUUAACAUUGUUUGACUUAUUAAGCAUGGAACCUGCAAAAUCUAUCAAAAUAGACGGCUACUAGCGGAAAAAUCUGUCCGCCAUCCACUAAUCUAAUAAAUAAAUACUAUAAUAAGAUAGAGGGAUACGCAGCGAGUAGGGGGUAAAUGACAUCAGAAAAUGCAGCGAGACGGAUAUAAACAACUAUAGAAAUUACAAUCUGGGUCUCUGAAUUCUGCUGCUACACGAAUUUAGAGAAUUUAAAAAAUCGCACGUUGGUCUCUGGAAUUCGAAAAACAGUUUAUUCAUGCUGGCCUAUCAGCCGUCAAGCUCUCUAAUAUUUGAAUUCCCCUCUUCUGGCCCUCAGAUGGUUAAAGAACACUAAACAUUAACUCUGUAGACACCCUUGGCCAUCUCUGCAAGUCUGUAAUUUGCAAGAAAUACCCUUUUUACCAGCACCAAUGAGCUGUCUUUCAAAGAGGGGGGGGAAACACCCCUCCUCCCUUCCCCCCCUUCCUAGUGUGGCUCUCCUACUGCAAUGCAGGCUGUGAUCACAAGGCCAGGGGCUGAGUGGCAGAUUUAGGAUGUUCUCCGCAGAAUAAUCCCCUAACACCCCCAGUGCCUGACCCCUAAAUAGUCAAAUCUUUCUAUUCAUGGAUCACUUUGGCCAAGUCUUGCCCCCAGUGCAUGCACGAGUCGUACAGUGACAGCAAUUGCUUGAGAUCACUUGCCAUGGGAUGCACACCCCCACCCUCCCCAUACACACACAUUCUUGCUGGGAGUAUGGGGGGCAGCUGCUGCGUUUUUGUUUUAGGAACCUUUCCUAACUUGGGAAUUACACGAUGUGUGUGGCGGGUGCAGCCUGUUUAUCGUUGGCCUGUCAGGAAAAGAGAAACAGCAGCUCCCUGCUACACAUUACAUUAACAGACACAGCAGGAAGCAGGAUACAUGGCUGCAGAGUAAAACCACGCAUUCUGCUCCUACCAGCGCAUCACAUCAUUCAAAGCGCCUUCGCUCCAUUACCAAUACAGCCCACAGCUGUCGUUAUGAUGCAAUAGGUUUUUGGGUGUUGUCCUUCUGGAUUCUGUCGCAUGUUUUUUUUUUUUAAGUCGUUUGUCAAAAAACUGGGCUUCCUCUGGAAUCAAGAGACCUGCAAAUCUGCUUGUUUAAUGCAGCAAUUUGUGAUGACUUGUAUUCUGCAAUCACAGUGGGCCCCAGCUGCCUAGCCUCAGGACAGAGCAUAUUCAUCAUAAAUGCCUUUAUUAAGGCUAAAGGACCAACAGAAGUAGGGCUUAACAGAUUUUAAAAAAUUCUAGUUUUUUUUCCAAUCUGGCUAUUUUGUCGUACAAUUUGUGAUUUUUACUUUCAAUUCCUGACAAUUUACACUUUAGUGAAUAUUAUUAAUGGGUAAAACCAAUCAAACCAAAUAUAUAUAUUUUUAAAAAGCACCAGAUGGAAAAUGCUUCAUAUGUAAAAGGCUUUAGAUUGUAAGCUCUUCAGAACAUUUUUUUUUUGUUUACCAUAGCUCAUCAUGUCACUAAUUUGUUUAACCUUGUGCCUGCCCAAUAUACAAAGCUACAGACAUGUUGGAACAUAAGAGAUGUAAUUACUAUGAAUAUAAUGAAUUUAGUGACUGGUAGGAAGUCACUGACUGCACAGAGCCACCUACCUAUUGUAGCAUUAGCUACUCAAGGUUUAGCUUUGUGACUUUUUAAAAUUUAGAUUGCAAGCUCAUUGGGCAGGCCCUCUUCCCUUACUGUUCCAGUCUGUCAAUUAUGUCGAGCAUUUGUCCGUUUUGGUUAGCUAUUUGACAGCGCUGUGGAAUGUCGGUUCUAUAUAAAUAUUUUCAUGAUUCGCUUUGGACAAUGAUAGCUUAGUGCUCUACCCGGGGUGCAAGUCAUCCCAUGAUGCUCACAGCCAUUUUACUUAUUAGUCAGCGGAGAUGCCUUCUAUUAAGAGUCCCUUUUUUUUUUUUAUGAAAUGUGUAAAGGGCUCAGCAGGACAGACGGUGUGGUUGCUUAUAACCUCAUUAUUUAGCCAGAGCCUUUAUUGAGGUAAUUCUAUCAUUGACUUAUAUGGCCAUGACUCCCUUGUUGGUCCAUUCAAGGAACAAUAAAACCCUGUAAAAAGUGACAUGAAUUGAACCCGAAAUUAGGAGGGUGGGCAAAUGAAGUGGGACUUUUCACUUCAAAUAAACAUAUAUAAAGUGUACUUAACGAGACACAAUAAGGAAUGAAAAUAACUUUAGCUUAAUGAAGCUCAAUCUUCUGCUAUUUAAGAGUUAAAUCACUUGCAACAGCUUGCAUUGGGAAAAAAGGCUUCACUUUCAAUCAGAUGUUAGCUUGCUUUAGAUGUUUUUAUCUCCUGUUCUGUAAACUGGACUUUACUCUCACACAGGAGGUUCCUACAUGGCCUAAAAGGCUAUUAACAGAGCAGAACCUAAGACAUUUUAAAUUAAACACUGUGCAGUAGAGGAAGAUUAAACAUUAGAUCUCACUUGACAGAGGGUGUUUAGGAAGGCUGGAUGAGUCAUGCAGGGAGGUGUGAGUAGGGCUGUAUGAACAGUGAUUUGAAUUCCUAAAUGGCAUAACAGUAUUGUACUGUGAGACUGCAGGGGCAUGAUCUAUACACCAAAGCUGCUUCAUUAAGCUGAAGUUAUUUGGGGGCCUAUAGUCUCUCUUUACGUUAAGUACUUGUAUGAAAGAAAAAAUUCUUAACAUUUUUCUAGUGAUAAAUACAGAUCAAUGCAAAGUCAUUCAUCUUGGAAUAAUGAAUCCACAAGCCAGUGAAACAUUAAAUUUGUUUCCUUUAGAAAAGCGGCAACUCAGAGGGGUUAUGACAGCACUUUACAAAUAUAUACAGGGUCAGGAUAAACCGCAUGUGCUUACCUGUUCACUAGCAGUUAUAUACAACAGACAAGAGGGCACCCAUAGACUGGAAGAAAGGUGUUUUUGUUUACAGUAGGAGUAAUUACGAUGUGACAUUUUCUACCUAACAGAAUAUUCAGGCGUAUAACUGACAUGCAAACAGGUUAUUGAUCCAAGGAGAAAUUGGAUUGCCAUUAAGUCAAAGCCACCCUCACCCUUUUUAUUUUUUUUAUCCUAGAUGGCUAUGUAGUGGUCUGCCAUGGUUUCUUUUGCUGGGAGCACUAGUGUCUUUUGGCUUCUGCAUAAAUACAGUUAAAUACAAUGCCUCUCUGUGCUCACUUGCAUGGCAAGCUGGGAUAGUUGUAGAAAUAUUUCACAAGUUUCUCUCCCCAAGAUUGACUUUUCAAAGACAAACUUGAGUUCAGUAGGUGAUGCGUAACUAUACUUUCUAUUUUCACUAUGGGGAGUCUUGUUUGAUACCACAAACUUUAUGGCACCAAACUGUGAUGAACACAAUUUUAUAUUGAAGCUAUUUUUUUUCUCAUAUUGAUGGCCUGCUUUACCAAAUUGGUUCUUAUGUUGAGCUACAAAUUAUGUUGUGACAAAUUCCAAACAUGCUCUCUUAAAUUCUCUUAAUGACGUUAAAGAUUUAGCAGUUGACGUCACAGUUCAGUCCUGGUACAGCCAGCAUGAAUUGCAUUGGGGGACAAAGUGUUUCCUAUGCUGACUGCCAGGUACAAAGGAUUCUAACAAUGACUGACAGAGCGAAGAUGGAGGUGCCCAGUUACAGGAUAAAAUGGUGUGGAGGCCUACAUUUAAUUUUAUUUUCCACUCCUCACAAAUGCAUAUCCGAGUCUGAACGUCCCCCUUCUAGGUAUUUACUAGAAUUGCAUAUUUUUGCAAAUCCCUUUCUUUCAUUUUCUUCAAAUCAUGGACAUUUGGCAUGCUUCGUAGUAACCUAUGACAUUCUCUUCUACAAGAUGUUUUUGUUUUUAAUUUUCUGUGAUGGUGUUACUAUUUGUGGGUAAGUUCUUGGCAGCCUGUGUAUUCCUUGAUGACUAACACAACUAGGGAUGUGGCAAGAUGGGCAGUUGUAUAGCUUGGUAUCUUACUAAGGCAAGACUGGAUUUGUAACGUUUGAAAUUCCUUACUGACCAGAGGAAUCAGAACCAGCCUAAUACAACCACUAGUCACCUGGAAUGGGAUUUGGAAUUGUGGUGAGCCUUUGUUUUGCAUGGUCUCAGCUGACUGUGACGAGCAGUCAGGUUCACAAUAGAUCGGUUACACAAUUAGACGUAGCUGGAAAGGGCAGACUGAUAUGGAUAUUGACAAGAUGGGACAAGGCAGAAUUCAGCCAUGUCUGUCAAGACCUGUCACAGGAACUGGUUUGCAUAACCAGGAGCCUCAGUAAAGAAAUGAGGAUACAACUGGCCAUGUAACAAUAAAAUACAAUAUCAAAACGUUCAUAAUGGCAUCCGAGCUUAGGAAGUGGACAGUCUUUUAGUUUUUUUUUUUAUUGUAUUGUAUGAUAUAGUAUGGCUAUACUUAGGCAGCUUUAUUCAAGACUGUUAUGGAUUGUAAGCUCUUGGAGGUAAUUUUAAUAGAUGUUGGCAAGUUUUCACAGCAGUUUGGUUGUGGCACGAUUAGAAAGAAUUUUAUAGAGUCAGAUCAUGUAAUUGGCAGUUAGAUGUUAGCAGCUGAUCCAAACACAUUCACCUCGAUCUCCAUGAAUAGCUUGGCUUACUCGUUUGUCAAUAACAUGGCUGCGGUUAUCGGGCCACAAAGUACGGUCUGUCUGUUAUGACUGCGACUGUGGGACCAUGUCCGCAUAGACAUCUUGUCAUGAUUUGUUACAUGCUCAAAAAUACCAGACCUGCUCACUUCAAAGUGUGUUCCUUUGUCUCCUAGUUGCGGUGAGCCCAUUACCUCUGGACUCUUUGUUUGUAACGCAGUGAUGGCAAAACCAAAAAUGGCAUUUGUGAAUUGCGUUAGUCUAUUGAUAAAACAAUAGCAAGGCUAAGCAAUGGUUAUGGAGAUGAACAUGUUAAUGAGCCAUUGAUUACGCUGAUGGGUGUUACAGAAAGCCACCCACACAUGCUUAUAAAGGGAUCUCUCUCGAUGGCUGCAGGUGUAAAGUACUGCGUGUUUAUUAUAGGACUCUGACAGCCUAUUAAUAGCGGGUGAAGUCAGCCGUGCUGCCUGCAGUGUCACAAGCUAAGCUCCCUAAAGCCACCUCUGUCUGUGCCGACUGAGGCCUUUGUCUAAUGCUGCUCUGCACUACGUUCCAAUUUAUGCAGUGAUACAGCAAAUCUUCUCCCCGUGUGUCUGUCUUGGUCCAUCUGCCCAAUUCAUGAAACCUGACAUCUACGUUAGGCUUGUGAAUGGCAUGCCCCUAAAAUUAGAGCAAUGAGUCUGAAGGGCCGUAUUACCCAAUGCUUAAAUCUGCAUUGCAAAUAUCAGUGUCUCUAGAAUGGCUUCUAGGCAAUCGGCAGGCCUGGUGAAACGCAGCUUAAUUUGUAUUCAUUAUUUCAGGUUCUACCCCUAUGCUAGUGUUCUCAGUUGACACUUUAGCUGCUGGUGGAAUAAAUUUUCCAUUAUUACAAUCAGACAAAAUCCUACAGCGAUUUUGUCAGGAAAUUCUUCCCUUUGUAUGUUUUAAUGAAAACAGCCAACCCCUCCCCAGCUCUUAUGAUGCAACAAUUACACAAUUUAUUGAAAUACAGAAAUAAAUAUGGUCUCUUUAUAAGAAACAAACAAAUGUGGGGACUAAUUAUAAAUGGAAAAUAUUUUCAAAAAAUAUAUUCAAAAUGUUCAGCUAUUAAAAAAAAAAAAAAAAUAGAUGUUAAGAUCUGAUUACUGUAACAAGACGAUGGAUUAGCUCCAGGAUCAGGAAAGGGCUCUCAAGAAACUAAAAAAUUAAAUUACCCUUUCCUUAAAGACCUGGCAGGUUGCUGCAAAGUGAUUAUGGUAUAUGCCCUUUAUCUCUCCCUCGAAGGAUCAUAGUCCAUUGUCUGUCUGUUUCUUUGACAAAGCAUUAGCUGAACUUGAAAUCCCUAUCUGUUCAGUUACAGAUCACUGCAGCUAAAAUGGCAUUAACUAUUCCUGUUCUUCUGCUCAACCCAAGUUCUGCUAUGAUGCCUGCACUCUAAUAUUAAACACAAUGUGCUUUCUUAGGAGAAUCUCCUAAAAAUAAGCUCAAUCCGUGAGUACACUGAAUACUUGGUAUCAAAGUAGAAAAGUUAAAACCAGACACAAUUACAUUAUUUUUUCUUUCAUUUGUUACAAAGCUGUAUUCCUAAAACUAUAGUGUCCCUAUGCCCCCAUGGUCUCCACACAAGCAAUGUAAAGCAGUAUAAAAACAAAAAACCCUUUAAACACUUAACCUGAUUCUUCUGCCGAUGUCUCUCGGGGUGGGGUCGCUCUCUUCUGGAGACGACUGCUGAUUUAGGGGGGGAAACCCAAUGCACAAGUGAUGUGAGCACCACAUGCGCAUUAGUUAUUCCCCAUAGGAAAGUAUUGAAUCAAUGCUUUCCUAUGGGAUUUUCUACAAGCUGGACAUCCUCGCGCAAAGUGGAAGGACGUCAGGGUUGUUUCAGAGUCAAACUAUGUGAAACUGCAGGAAGCGCCACUAGUGGCUGCCUGGUAGACAACUAGUUAGUCUUUACACUACAAUUUUAACAUUGCAGUUUCUCUAAAACGUCAGUGUUCUACAUUGCAGGGCUUGGGGACAGGGGCACUGCACCUGGACAACUUCAAUGAGAUGACGUGAUCUGGGUGCCUAUAGUGUCCCUUUAAUUGUGUGCAUCAAUGAAUCCAUGAAGGUGAACAGAUAAGCCGUCAGUAAGGUUAAUAAUUAUCCCAACCCAUUGCAGGUUUAUUAAUAUAUUACUUAUACUCUUUAUUUGCCUUGGUUGGAACUGAUGCGGUAAAAUGUAUGAAUUAUCUAUCCUUAUAAACCGGAUAGGGGGUUAAUCAAUUCUAAAUCUUAUAUUUAAUGAUACAAUGUAACGUUGACUGAUCUGUUGAUUCAGCCAUUUUAUUUUAGAAUUAUUUUCUAGAUCUGAUUAUAUCAAUACAUCUAAACACAGGGAACUGAGGAAGGUUAAUUAUUGGGGCAUAUUUACCCCAUCACUAGUAACUCCUUUAUCUGCAACUGUUCAGACUGCAAAGAACUGAUUGCUGGCAAAAAUAGCAUUAAAGGAUUUGUUUCCAAUUUUGGUUUAAUAUUUGCAGUUGCCAUUUUGUGAAUUUCAAACAGCUCCCUAUUCAGAUUAUAAACUUGUUUGUCUUCGUUGACACACAAUUCCGCCAGAUUGAGACAGCCCCAUCUUUACUCCAGCUCCGUCAAACUAUGUGGCUGUUCAUUUUCAGGCUUUUUUGGGCGUGCCGGUGAGUGGAGGGAACAAUUAUCUUAGCUGCCUGCAGGAGUGGGUGUGGGCGCCUGUUUGAGCAGGUCUUGCAGGAUGGAGGUGUGCUUGUGUAAAUAAGUCUCCCGUCUCUAGAGAUGCACUCCGUCACAAGGCCAUAUUUAAUUUUUUCCUCAAUUUUUGUUAAAAAUACACCAGCUGUCACAGUAACGUUACAGAAGCUCUCCGCUUCUUGAAUGGAAUUCUGGCAAGUGUAGUUACACCUGGAAUGCUAGCAUGAGAUCACUUCUGGAAAAAACAAUCCUGGUCAGGAAUACAGACAGGCACUGGGUGUCUUGAUACAAGUAGUUUUUUAUUUUUUUUUAAUUUGAAUUUAGGAAUUCUAAUUUCCCAGCCUCUACUGGGGCCCUGCCUAACUGGUGUCCUGUGAACAUUUUAUUUGUUUUUAGAACAAGUCCAUACAUAAGAAUGCGAGAAUGGGUAACUGGUCCCUCUUAUGGCUUAACCACUCCUAUAAUUACCUUGUAUAAAAAAAUAAAUGGCUUAAAUCCAGCCAUGUGUAACACCAUUGAUAUUGUGAGAACUCCCCUUGCUUCAUUCACUGAUUAGUUCAAAGUUGUAAAGGUCAGUGAUUGUGUGUGAAAAUAUAUAGCAUCACACCUGGAGUUUGGCACAAACUAUAGAUCUUCCCAGGAGAGCGUAGACGUCAGUCUUUAAUAGAGAUAACCACAUGCCGAGAUCUAAUCAUCUGAAGAAACAGAUGUAAACUGUGGGCCUGUAGUUUGACAGGUGUUUAAAUCCUGUAACGUUGCAAUACAAACCGAUAAUAGUUUAUUGAUAAACCGGAGACAGACUGCAUGACACUUACUGUUUGAAUAUUACAGAUUUUAUAUUCUUGCUCCCCCUUCUGUUUGCUUAUCAGUAAAACAUUAUCUAUUAUACCUCUGGUGUGCGGUAUAUUGCUUUGAUUAUAGUUCCUUUGAGUGACACUGGGUCUCUUUUGUGUGUACCCAGAUUUCAGCACAUGUAGAUAGAAAUAUAUUUUUUGUAAUUUUUUUUUUCAUAAAAUGCAGGCAGAUUUUGUACCUAAUCAUAUCAAUACAAAAAUAUUUCACCAGAGUACGGUGCAAUAUUAAAACUGACAUUGAUGAGAAGUUGGUGAAAGUCCUAUUCAGCAAUAAGGCAAUGCUUUACGCGACACCAGUGCCUUAAUAUCACCAUUUUAGAGUUUUACUCUGUGUAUUCAUUACCAGGAGGUUACAGGCUAGCUAUACCUUUGUGUAUAUAUUACACUCAUUGUCAUGAACAUGGUCUAUUGGCACAGUGGGGAGUGUGGAAGUGAAAGGGUUGAUGACACCAGACCCCUGGUUACCUGUUGCUAGUCCCAGCGACCACUAAAUUAACCCCUGCAACCCCUGCAAUCCCUUCUACACUAACACCCUAGUACACCCUUUACUGCCACCACCAAGACUUUAUAUCCAGGUGUCUUGGGUUACCCCACACAGUAGAAUUAUAGUAUCCAACCUUACUUUACUGAUCAGACAUGUAUAAUUAACCAUUUGGUAGCGUGUUUACCUGACAUUUCCUCAGGAGAAUGAGCUCAUAGAGAACAGACACAAGCUGAUUAAGUAAACCUUUCAAUCAAUCUGACAAAGGAUUCCGUGAUGGGUACAAAAAUACAGAAACAUGAUAAAUUGCAAAUAGUAAAUUAAAAUAGGAGAACCCAAACCCUUGCAUAUAUUUACCCCUUAUAUAUAAUUCUUGUGUGAAAUUCAAUGUUACAGGUCUCCAAGUCGUUUUUUAAAAAGAAAACGUUCCCUGGAUAAUCCAACAUUCUCAUAUCUCAAACUAGUUGUUUCUAAGUGGCCAGACCCAUGCCAGGGUGGAUCAGAGGGGUUUGGCCUAGCAAUUUAUUGUCCACCCCAUAUUUUUAAAUUAUGUUCUUUGAAUAACCCAAAGUCAGAGCAUACGUGCUAAUACUUUGACACCCUAUGUCCAGCUCUGGUGAUGGUCAUCUAGUAGUCACAUUUUAUGGCUUAGGCCUGGCGUUGGAUCAAAGCCUACAAUAAAUAUUAUCCCAACGUUUACAAAAACUCCCAACACAUCCCAUGCCAAGUCAUGUUUUGGUAUGACUCAUUCUUUUAAUUUGUUAGAAGGAAGAGUUUCAAACCUUAUUUAAUCACAUGAAACCAUAAAUCUUGUUGCAAAAUGGUUUCCAUUGCCCUUAAUAAAAACGCUUGUUCAGUCUGUGCGUGUGUUUUGUACCAUAUGAAAUCUGACUUCUCUUUCCUCAACAGAGAGAAUGUAUAUCCGUUCACGUUGGACAGGCUGGAGUGCAGAUGGGAAAUGCAUGCUGGGAGUUGUACUGUCUGGAGCAUGGAAUCCAGCCGGACGGACGGAUGCCCAGUGAUAAGAACAUUGGUGGAGGAGACGAUUCCUUCACAACUUUUUUUAGUGACACAGGGUCUGGUAAAUAUGUCCCUCGUGCCAUAUUUGUUGACCUGGAACCUACUGUCAUUGGUGAGUAUUAAAAGAAUUUUGGAUGAGUCUGUAUAAACAAAGCCUGGUUUGGCAACAAUGUAUCGCGUCUAGACUACUGUUCUAAUAUUGCAUCACUGGCCUAGCUAGUGGAAUUUAACUCCAUAAAUGCUUGUUCCUGAGAGGAAACCUAUAUCCGGGCACACUGUUACCCAAUGCAGACUUUAUUAGAACAAAGUGGUAAUUCAGACAUGCUUAGCGGUUGAAAUUCCAUUCUCUUAGCAAUUCUCUAGACCAGCUUUUCUAGUACUUGUGCUAAUGAUAUUGGUUACACUAAAAUCAAUGCACCAUGUCAAAAACCUUUAAUCUAGUUUUUACACCAAACAUUAAUACCUAUGAUUUACAUAGAUGCAUAAUCUGUUAAAGGGCUCACACCAUCACAAUGAGACAUUUUGCACAUGCCUGCUGUCAGUCACAUAUUACAAACAUUAGAAAAAAAAAAAAUGAUCCCCUUUUUUCUGAUGGGAGUGAAUUCUAAAUUGUUCAAUUGUAAAAUAGUUGGCCUACUGUCCAUGCUUUUAAAUGUAUGUGCGUCUUAGUCUGCAUUUAGUGAUUUGGUAACCUAGCAGAUGGGAGAAUGGUGCCCAUAUACUAACCUUAUCUUCAUCUUAUGAAAUUUCAUAGAUGAGGUACGGACAGGAACAUAUAAACAACUAUUCCACCCGGAGCAACUCAUAAGUGGAAAAGAAGAUGCAGCAAAUAACUACGCUCGAGGUCAUUACACCAUUGGAAAAGAAAUCAUCGAUUCUGUUCUUGACAGAAUCCGCAAGCUGGUAAGUUAAGAUUUGCUCCCAUGUUUCUGUGGAACAUGAAAACUCUGUAAUAAACAUUUUAUUUUUACCACCAACCUGCAGAACUCGGUCUGUUUCCAACAAAGCAUCUGGGCUUUUGAUUAAGCAAAGACGGGUACAAUUGCUCUAUAAUGGCAUUUUCAAUCUGCUUUAUUUUUAUUUUUGAUACAUAUUUUUGCUUUUUUAAAGGGGAAAAAAUGAAAACGCACUUCCACCCCACCCCUUUGUCCCCAAAUUCCAUGAAGUAGGGAAGUGUUUUCACAUAGAAGUGAAAGACGUGUGUAGUAGAAGUUGACUUGGAAUGUAUUUGAGUGUGCAAAGAAGGCUACUUUCUAAUUCGUCAAACACGCGAACCACGUGUAAACAAUAUAAAUAAUGUCCACCAUAAUCUGUUUCAAACCCGUAUGUAUAACUUGACAUGUGAUGCUAAAAAUGACUAACAUGUUGCAUGUCUGCCCUAAAGAAGUUGCAAGAUUCUUUGUUUAGAUUUUGGAUCGAAUUGUUCCUGUCCCUAUCUGCCUAUGACAGUGCACAGGACCGCAAUUCAUUCUGGUUUCAUUGUAAGACAUGACUGAGAUGUUCUAUAGGUUAGCUAAAGAUGUAUAGAACAGAAGUGUCUACAAUAUAGACUUCCCUCCCUCAUCAUACAGCCACUGUAGAUCUAGAACACUCCUGUUGCUUUGUCUGCAUGUUACCUGGAUAGGUAUAACAUAUUCCUUUUGAGAUUGAAAUUCCAAAACCUGUUGUGCUGAUUUGACACUUCCUGUAAUGGAUUCCUAUAUAAACUUGUGGUUUUUCCAAUUUGUUUUUUUUUUAUUCAAUUUACUUUAUUACCAAAGUUUGUAUAUGAUUUCAUAAUGUGGUCUUCAAGAUCUGUUAAAAGGGUGAGGAAACUGUUACAUUAAACAAGAUUUUUAUUUUUUUUAGGCUGAUCAAUGCGCUGGACUACAGGGAUUUUUGGUCUUUCACAGUUUUGGGGGUGGCACAGGCUCUGGUUUCACCUCCCUGCUGAUGGAACGACUCUCUGUUGAUUUUGGCAAGAAGUCAAAGUUGGAAUUCGCAAUCUACCCAGCUCCUCAGAUCUCAACAGCUGUAGUUGAACCAUACAAUGCCAUCCUGACCACCCACACCACACUGGAGCACUCUGACUGUGCUUUCAUGGUGGACAACGAGGCCAUUUAUGAUAUCUGCCGCAGGAACCUGGAUAUUGAGCGUCCAACCUAUACUAAUCUCAAUCGCCUCAUCAGCCAGAUUGUGUCAUCAAUCACAGCCUCCCUUAGAUUUGAUGGAGCUCUGAAUGUGGACUUGACAGAGUUCCAGACCAACUUGGUGCCCUAUCCCCGAAUCCACUUCCCAUUGGCCACUUAUGCCCCUGUUAUUUCUGCAGAAAGGGCUUAUCAUGAGCAGAUUUCUGUGUCUGAGAUAACCAAUGCUUGCUUUGAGCCAGCCAACCAGAUGGUGAAAUGUGACCCUCGUCACGGUAAAUACAUGGCUUGCUGCUUGCUCUACAGAGGUGAUGUGGUGCCCAAGGAUGUCAACACUGCCAUUGCUAUAAUUAAAACCAAGCGCUCCAUCCAAUUUGUGGACUGGUGCCCAACCGGUUUCAAGGUUGGUAUCAACUACCAGCCUCCCACUGUGGUACCCGGUGGAGAUCUGGCCAAGGUACAGCGUGCCGUGUGCAUGUUGAGUAACACAACAGCCAUCGCUGAGGCCUGGGCUCGUCUGGACCACAAGUUUGACCUGAUGUAUGCCAAGCGUGCCUUUGUGCACUGGUAUGUGGGAGAGGGAAUGGAGGAAGGAGAAUUCUCUGAGGCCCGAGAAGACAUGGCUGCUCUGGAAAAGGAUUAUGAAGAAGUUGGAAUCGACUCCUACGAAGAAGAGGAGGAAGGAGAGGAAUAAAUAAAUACUUGCCAGUUUCCCCUCCCCAUGCUUCCAUUUUGUUUAAUUCCAUAAGUUAAAGGAGAAAACCCUUUUACAUUCACUGUCUUUUAAACAAUAAACCAAUCAAGGUUAGAAAUUGACUUUGAUUUUUCUCUCGGCUGACACAUGUACAGUUAAAACUCUGUAUUAAAUGCAAACACAUUUUAAUUUUGCUUUUACAGUUAGGCAGCCGUAAAAUUCAUGAAUUAAAAUUCUGUUGUUGAAAAUACUGCUCUCUAAAGAUAUAAAUUAUAUCAAUGUAAAUAUCUUUAAUUGCACGUUAUUUCAUGUAAAUAAAAUAACCCAAAAACUUUUGGCGUGCAGUGAGCUUUUAAGGUAAAAACUAUGCUCUAGCAUUUAUUCAUAAAAUAUUUUACCGGGG